UUUGUGCUUUGUGAGCUGGUCACAUUCUAAUUCCAUCAUUGUGUUAAAUGUGAAAUGGAACCAGCCAUAAAAAAAUCGAAAAUGGUCAACGACAAAUUCAAGCAUAACAAGAAAAAGUACUACCAGCAGCAUAAAAAGCAGGUGCUGCAGCCGGGACAACGGGGCUUCCUCGUCACCUGCAACAUGAACGAGAAGGCCUGCGUGCGGGAAUGCUACAAUCUGUUGAAUCACUACGCGGAUAAAUUGUACGGACCCGAGGUGAAAGAGGAAACGGAAGUGCAGACCAAGGCUAAGGAUAAGGACAAGGACAAGGAUGGCAGUGAUUACUCGGAUAGUUCCGAUGACUUGGAUGCGGCUGUGGCCAAGUGUCGUGAAUCAUUCGCCCAGCGCAAAAUGCGUUUCCAAAAUGUUGACACCGGCACCACAAACUGUUUAUUUAUACGCACCAAACUGGAGGAUCCACUGGCUCUGGGCAGGCAUAUAGUCGAGGAUAUCAUUGCCACUGGCAAGGCCAUGUCACGCUUUGUGAUGCGCCUGGUGCCCAUCGAGGCGGUGUGUCGUGCCAAUAUGCCGGAUAUUAUUAAUGCCGCUGGAGCACUCUUUGACAAACACUUCCUCAAGGAGGCUACCACGUAUGGCAUCAUCUUUAAUCAUCGCUACAAUCAGCAAAUCAAACGUGAUCAUAUCAUUAAGGAGUUGGCCGAUCUGGUUAACUCCAAGAAUAUGGGCAACAAAGUGGCGCUGAAGAGUGCCAAGAAAUCAAUCAUUGUCGAGGUGCUGCGUGGCUGGUGUCUGCUCAGCGUCAUUGACAACUACCUGGAUAACAAGAAGUACAAUCUAUCCGAGCUGACGCAUCCCACUGGGCAACUGCCACAACAAGACGAGAAAUCGAAUGAGACUGUUGACAACGAAUAAAAUAUGUACACUAAAAUCAAA